UAACGCGCUCCGCCCCGACCUCUCUGGGUCCCUGAGUUCCUGAGUCGUGUGCAUCGGCAACGGUAGUGACGCGUGUUGCCCGGAGGAUGGCGGCCGCCGGCUUACCCCGCGUGGUUCCCAGCGACCUGUAUCCCCUCGUGCUCGGCUUUCUGCGCGACAACCAACUCUCGGAGGUGGCCAAUAAGUUCGCCAAGGCAACAGGCGCUACCCAGCAGGAUGCCAAUGCCUCUUCCCUCUUGGACAUCUAUAGCUUCUGGCUUAAUAGGUCCACUAAGGCUCCAAAACGGAAAUUACAAGCAAAUGGACCAGUGACUAAGAAGGCUAAAAAGAAGACUUCGUCCAGUGACAGCAGUGAAGACAGCAGUGAGGAGGAGAAAGCCCAAGGGCCUCCAGCUAAGAAAGUUGCUGUACCUGCCAAGCGUGCCAGUCUACCUCAGCAUCCUGGAAAGGCUUCAGCCAAUGCAUCAGAGAGUAGCAGCAGUGAAGAAUCCAGUGAUGAUGAGGAGGAAGAGGAGGACAAAAAGAAAAAACCUGUCCAGAAGGGCGUUAAGCCCCAAACCAAGGCGGUCAAAGCUCCUCCUAAGAAGGCCGAGAGCUCUGAUUCUGAUUCUGACUCAAGCUCAGAAGAUGAGGCACCAAAGAACCAGAAGCCAAAGGCAACACCUGUGGCAGCUAAAGCUCAGGCUAAAGCCCCAGGCAAACUAGGCACUCCUGCUCGGGCAGCACCUAAAGUAGCUAAUGGCAAAGCAGCUAGCAGUAGUAGCAGCAGCAGCAGCAGCAGCAGCGAUGACUCAGAGGAGGAGAAGGCAGCAGCCAUUUCUAAGAAGACUGUGCCUAAAAAGCAAGUAGCAGCCAAGGUUCCAGUGAAAGCAGCUGCCACCCCUACCCAAAAGAGUUCCAGCAGUGAGGACUCCUCGAGUGAGGAGGAGGAGGAGGAGGAGGAGGAGCAGAAAAAGCCCAUGAAGAAAAAACCAGGUCCAUAUAGUUCAGUGCCCCCGCCUUCUGCUCCCCCACCCAAAAAGUCCCUGGGAAACCAGGCUCCCAAGAAAGCUGCAGAGAAGAAAAAGCCUGAAGAGAGCAGUGACGACAGCAGUGAUGAAUCUGAUUCCAGCUCUGAAGAAGAAAAGAAACCACCAGCUAAGCCAGUCAUCUCUAAAGCAGCCACUAAACCAGCUCCAGCAAAGAACGCAGCAGAGAGCUCUUCAGACAGCUCAGACUCUGACAGUUCUGAGGAAGAAGCUCCUGCCAAGUCAGCCAGUGCCACCAAAAAUCCCUCAAGUAGGCCAGCUACCACUCCCAAGCAGCCUGCAGCUAAGAUAGCCACAGCUCUCAAGCAGCCUGCAGGCAGUGGCCAGAAGCCUCUGACCAGAAAGGCUGAUAGUAGCUCCAGUGAGGAGGAGAGCAGUUCUAGUGAGGAGGAGGAGGAGGAUGUGGGGAAGGCGAAGAAGACAGUGGCCACCCCUAAGGCCAAGGUGAUGGCCAAAGCAGUGCUACCUUUGCCUGCCAAACAGGCCUCUCAGGGUGGUGGGGACAGCAGCUCUGAUUCAGACAGCUCUAGCAGUGAGGAAGAGGAGGAAGAGAAGGCAUCUAAACCCCCAGCUAAAAAGAAGCCACAGAAGACAGCAGGAGCCGUAGCCCCUUCCAAGCCAGCCUCCACGAAGACAGUGAAGGCCAAGAGCAGCAGCAGUUCUUCUGAUGACUCCAGUGAAGAGGAGGAGGAGGAGGAGGAGGAGAAGCCCAAGGGCAAGGGUACUCCUAGACCACAAGCCCUCAAAACCAAUGGCACCUCUACACCGACCGCCCAGAAUGGAAAAGCAGAGAGGAACAGCAACAAGGAGGAGGAAGGAAAGACAAAGGCAGCAGUAGCAGUUUCUAAGCCAGGUUUAGGAAAGAAACGAAAGCAGAAUGAGGCUGCCACGGAGGCAGAGACUCCUCCAGUCAAGAAGAUAAAUCCUCAGACCCCUAACACAUUUCCGAAAAGGAAGAAAGCAGAAAAAAGGGCAUCAUCCCCAUUCCGAAGGAUCAGGGAGGAGGAAAUUGAGGUGGAUGCUCGAGUGGCAGACAACUCCUUUGAUGCCAAGCGCGGUGCAGCCGGAGACUGGGGGGAACGAGCCAAUCAGGUCCUGAAGUUCACCAAAGGCAAAUCCUUCCGGCAUGAGAAGACCAAGAAGAAACGGGGCAGUUACAGGGGAGGCUCCAUCUCUGUCCAGGUUAAUUCAAUUAAGUUUGACAGCGAGUGACCUGCAGUGAUCCUAGCAAAGCAGGGGUGAUGAUCCAAGACUACUUACUUUCCCCAGUGGACCUAGGAGCUCUCAGCUCUAUUCGGGGAGGUAUUGGUGAGGACAGCAGCCUAGAAUAGGUCCGAAGACAUUGUAUCGGAACAUCCUCUCUGGUCCUUUUCUGUGUUCGUAGUUUUGUACAGACUUGUUUGUGAGUGUUGAGUAGCAAGGACAAGGUAAGGGGAGUGUUCUUUUUAAGUAAAAAUUAGUUUUAGUUGUCAUCCCCUUCUCCCUGUUCUGUGGAAGUCAUGCUGAGAAAUUUGUAUAUUUUCUAUUGAAUCAUUUCCUAUUGAUUUUUGUUGUGAUUUUUCAGAGGUGUGUUCCCAUAGAUAAAAGCUAUUGCCCAAGACAUAGUAAAGGUUAUGUGUGAAUUUUUUUAAUUGGAGAAUUCUGCCUAUGUGAGUACACAUGUCUACAUUUCAUCCCUCCUAUCACUCAGCCCUGGUGAGGGGCAGUUGAGAAUGGUUAAUGUAUAUGUCUGUUAAGCAUGCACUAUGUAGUUCCUCAUUCAUGCGGUCUAAAACUGACGUUUUCAGCCAGCAUGGACGUAGCUACUUUGGGGGAUAAAAUUAACUGUUUUGUUACAGGCAAAAUUAUGGUGUGUGAAUGCUGUGGAGUCAGUCUGAAUAUUUUGUUUUCUGUAAUUUUAUCACUAUUACGGAAUAUUUGCAAUACCUGUUUUUUAAUUUGAAAGCAUAAACUUUUUUAUUGUUCAAAAGACUUGUUUUGGUGACUUGACCUUUAACAGUGUUGAGUACUAAAUUGGAAACUGCAUCAUCUGACUUUUUUAUAUUUUAGAGAACAAAAUAACAUUAAUUUAAUCUGGAAAGUACAUAUCACUUGGUAUGUCUAUCUUAGUAGCAAUACUGACACAAAAUUAGUUUCAAUAACUCCUGUGUGGUUGGGAAUCAUUGAUCAAGAAAGUGAAAGAAGAAAAAUAACCUCAGUUCUCAGUAGGAAUUAGAUUACAUUAGGUAAAUUUAUAGGUCGCCUAUGUAUGUGCUAAUAAAAAUGGGAAGAACCUUUACAAUGCAUAUUAUCUGGUAAAACUUGAAUAGAGUGGGUUUGGGAGAGCAUCCGAAUAGAUUAAUGAGUCUUGUAGUUGCUACGUGGGAGCAAGUGAUGUGCCCCUUUCAGAACCUUAACUGUCCAUAACAGUGGAGGGAACGAUAAAAACCAGUGAGCAGCGCUAUGGUAGGCUAAGCUGGCUGAUGGUAGAGCUGCAGGUCAUGCUGCCAGUGCUCUGCCAGGGCACAGUGGAGAAGGAAGAGUCAACAAACUGGAGACUGGGCUGUCCCUGUGGUGGGAAGGUGUGCUCCAGUUUCAGGGGCAAGGUAUAGGUCCUGAAAUUAACCUCCCCUUUUUUGGAUUCCAUACUCUUCAAAUAACCUGAUAAUAACCUGGUUUUCCAUGUAACUGCCUCUAGGUAGGAAACGCACUGUUCAUGCUGACAUAGGUGUUUCAGUCUGCAUGGUGAAGUUAUACAUCUUACUACAAAAUAAUAAACUGGUUGGUUUCUAAUGUG